GGGGUAAGCGUGGAGGCGGCGUGGAGAAGACCCAUCAACUUCGUUAUGUUGGGUAAGCUCUUUGUGGGGGAACGGAGGCUCCAUAUAGACAGACCAUCCAGUACCUACAGUACUUAGACAUUCGCUUUUCCACGCGUGAUGGCUUCUCACUAAUCCGAGGUCGGUUUGCCCGGGACCUGAUGGCACUUUCUUGUUUUCCUGUAGUGUCGAUUUUGAGCAAUCGAAACGCCAUUCAAUCACAACGACACUCAAGAAAAUGGCAGCUUCGAAUAAUAAAGAAGUGGGUGAUGGAUCGGAGAUAGACAUCUCCCACCAGGAGAACGUCUCCCAGCGUACCGAUGCUAUAAGACGAAACAGCAAGCAGCACAUUCGACACCGAGCUUCUGUCGCCUGCUACUCUUGCAGGGAUCGUCGUAUUCGAUGUGUAGUUCCCAAGGGAGCGUCAGAGUGUACACAAUGCAAGCGAUCUGGGACAGAAUGUGUAAUAAGAAUGGACGAUGAGCGUCGUAGACCCAUAUCCAAAGCAUACGUAUCGUCUCUAUCCGCUCGAAUUGGCAUGUUAGAAAGCAUGCUAGAAGAGAAGGGUGUAGCUAUUCCACCUGCCACUCACCCGCCUGUGACAAGACAUGAAGCACAGUCCACAAGCUCAGGAGAUGAUUCUCGCUCGCCAGCUAGUGAAGCUCGACUACGCUCGAAAUCAGACGCCAGUUUAAGACAUCAACACAUACUAUCCCCGCCAUACUCACAUGAAGACUUCGCCAUGUCUGAGAGUCCUAUAGAGGACCUUAUAAGCACUACUGCGUCACAGUCACGCAAAGAAUCUCUUCAAAUGGAUUAUUCACAAGCUCACAGGCCAGGUCUCGAACAGGAAGAUCUUUUAGAUCACUUGCUCUUUUGUGACGGCGAUCUCUCGCACGAUCAACUUCCAAGGAAACUAAAUCCCAGCUCUUCUUCAGCCCCUCACAUAUUCACUGGUUCCCUUAGCAGAUACGAUGUGGGAGAGUCAUCAGGCCAGGUCCGCAGAGCAGAACGUAUCAUCCGAUCGCUCACACCGAAAACAUAUGACUACUUGAUGCAUAAUUUCUGGAAGCACCACAAUAGUGUUUUCCAAGUUGUCGAUAGGGAGUGUUUUGAGGCAGACAGAGGAUCCGAGAGACCCCGGUUCUACUCAUCGUUUUUGCACGUUAUAAUGCUAGCUUUAGGCUGGCGGUUCGCCGACAAGGAUCGUUGCGAUGUUGCCAGGAUAAAUGUGGGAAAUCACGAGAGCGCUAUACACAGAGAAGCUAAAUCUAUGCUCGAGGUUGAUUUGGAGAGACCCACGGGUAUUCCCAGUAUACAGUCGCUUCUGCUUCUAGGAGAUCUUGAGUGCGGCGUUGGUAGGGACAACAUAGGUUGGAUGUAUGCCGGAAUGGCCAGCCGUUUAGCCUUUGAUAUGGGCCUACACAUCGACUGCAGUACUAUUCAACUAUCCGACCAAGAAGUCCGCGUACGACGAAGAGCGAUGAAGGCAUGUGUUCUUUAUGACAAAUAUUGGUCACUGUUUCAAGGGCGGGCAACAAGCAUUACAAGUCACCACAUAGAUUUUGACUUGUCUAAAGCGACUGUCUUCACAACUCAAUCAUUUGGGCAUACGCCCUAUAUACCAACCGGUACAGAGAUGGUUGACGAAGAAAUUCAUAAGCAAUUUUUUGAGCUGAUGAGCUUAGCUACUUCUAAUUUCGAUCAUAGAGUUAGGGUUGGACGCAACGGUGGACUAGACAGGAGCGACUCGUUCCCAAUCCAUGCAGCGGAUGAAGAUGAUUCCACAGAGAUAUUACUCGACCAGCAGCUUCACGACUGGUAUCGGCGGCUUCCCAGUCACCUGAGCUGGGAACCAGAAAACGCCAUAACUGCUCCUUGCAGCUAUUUCCUUCUUCACAAGCAAUACUACGCUAUCAUAAUACUGUUGCAUCGCUCUCGUAGAGAUCGCAGACCAGCAGCUAAUGAGGAAACCCCUCAAGCCAGCAACUGCCCCAAGUCGGCACGCAAGAUAUGCACAGAAGCGGCACUUCAAUUCUCUUCGAUAGUCUCUCAGUCUAAGAAAAGGUGCGACAUCGGAAAAAUAUGCUGCACAAGCUUACAACCGGCAACAAUCGCUUCUAUCGCCUUGCUUGCUGCGAUCGCUCAGUGUGAGACUGAGACUGACCGAAGACUCUAUCACUCAUCCCUCGAAGUAUUAACCGACAUAAUCCGGGACAUGAGCCGUUCGUGCCAGCCGGCGAUCCGCCAAGGUGAUCUAAUAGAAAUGGCUCGCGCACAGCUACACUUGAAUAUGCGCGACCCUCAGAACGGCUAUGGCAACCCUUGGGAACAAAACGGGCUACUCCAGUUUAAGGACUCCAAUGUUUAUUCCUCGUUUCCGACGAACAGGGAUUUCUGCAUCGGAGGACAGUUGUUUCCCGCUUAUGAGCAACCCGGAGCGACUCGACCUAGGCUACAGCCCCAUGCACCGCCAAGUCCACCCUAUAGCCAUUACCCUAACAGAGAGCAAUUGAAUCUCAUGUCCAAUCUCACUCCUAGAUUUCCCGAUUCACCUGAGUCGUUCACCAAUCUGGGAUCGCUAUAUUCCAUAGGUACUGAUGACAUGUACUCCACUCACUCUGUCCUUUACACUUCUGACAACUACCUCCGACUUGCCCCGUCGGCCAAAGGUUGGGGUCUUCACAGUCUUCACGCAGCAGGUCUUGUUCAACAGACGAGCGCAGACUUGGAUUCACAGAUGCCGGACUGGAUAGGUGAAUCUGCCACUCCGCGCCACGAACCCAAAAUUGCCAGCCAAAAUGGUGAUUUGAGCGUGGCCCUGGGUUCUGAGCUUGAUGGCGAGAAUAUAGUAGAGGGUAAGGGCGAAACCGCCGAUAGCCUUGGGUGGAUGACCAGCGAGAGGAGAUCUAGCGUCUUCACUGAGAAUACGGAGCUCAGCAACUCGAGUACUGAUACUAUCGCCCAGCGUCGCAACUACGAACUAGAUUAUCUGAGACUGUGAUAUCUGAUUUCAUCUUUACUUUCUAUUAUUUUAAUUUUUGAUUUUAGGCACCACGCGGCGCUCAAGUAUGGAACAAAGCGGGAUGCGGGCGACAGAUACCUAUUCUUGUUUUCGUGUUUUACUAUUAACUGUUCAUGUACAUAAAUGCGGUAAAAAUUGAUGAGACACGCGACAGAGCUAGCUAGCUAUGUGCCAAGCCUUAGCUUGUAAUGGAAUUUUAAUAUCUAAAAGCA